ACGAGUUCUGUCCCUCUCGUGAUCGUUUCUCUCGCUCGAGCUGAGCUCCCUAUCCGCGAGCGGGAUUCCGUCUUUCUGGUGACUUGGGUCGACUCGGAGAGAAGCGAACAAAGGGUUUCCCCGAGAAAUUGCCUUUUUUGUUGAGUGCUUCCGGUGUAAGCGAUGGAUGUAGUCUGGAGCUUUUCUGCUUUCUUGUUCUCGAACCAAUUGUUAUCUGAUCGAUGGUUUUAGAGUCUACAGGGAUCUCAAACCGUCAGAGGAAGCGGGAGUUUCUUUUUGUGGUUAAAGAUUUCGAACAGUAUGCGGUGGCUGAGUUUCUCGGUUGAUGUUUAUCGGAAAGUUAUUUCCUUGAACUUGUAUUGUAGGGUUAUUCUGUAACGCAUUACCUUUCCCUCUGGUUCUCUUCAUCGACUGCCCUCCUCUCUUUUCUCCAAUCUUGUCCUCGAAACCCCUCUUUCCCUCAGAGCCAGCGAAACCGUGAAGAUUGCAAUUUGGCUGGCAUUUCUCCUACGUCUGGCCUCCUAGAAUAAUCUUAUUGGAAAUUGGAUUUCAUUUGGGUUCUGGGUGGACUGGUCCUGUUCCCGACGAAGAACAGUAGUAAUGGUGUGCCAAGCAGCAACACGAACAACAUUCCGAGCUUUGAAACACGAGAAUGGGAUUGCCGGUAGUACCACCAUAAUCGUUAGGGUCCUUGCUUGCUUCCAACCAUUGCAAGAUUGCCAGGCUGAAUACUUCCGCCACCUCCUGAAACCGGUCACGUAAAUUAGCUUCCUGUUAACAGUUCUCUUCAAUAAAGCUGGGAUUUCUUAUUUUUCUUCCUUUUUCUGGUAAACCCUGUUGUGGAGAUAUUAAUUGGCAUCUACUACUUGCCUAAGGUGAUUAAUUUAAACUUUGUUUUGAUGGGGAAGGAUAUUACUCCUCAUUUUGAUUCACAGCAUCCAUCUUGGCGAUUUAGUCAUAUGAACUCUGCUAGUAAUAUCCAACGGUUUGAUAUCGGGCCUCAGAACGACAAUUCAAUGUUGCUUCCUGCCUGUGUUAAUCCCUAUGGUUGUGUAUUCUCAGUGAAUGCUGCAAAACAAUUCCCUGGUGUCUGCACAAACAAAUCCCUUCAAAAGAUAUCAUCUUUGAUUCCUCCUUUGACCCCAUCUCAAAGGCCUCCUGAAUUUGAUGUGUUGGAGAAGAGGUACUUGGCCUUUGAUCAGUUAAGGGAUGGAAGGAGCUACAUCUUUAGCUCAUCAAGCAUCCCUUAUCCAUUCUUUAAUUCCGUGGACCUAGGUUUCGGUCUGCAAGGCAGCACAGACACCAAUGUUUCCAAUGGGCAUGGGGCGGAAGAGAUGCAUGAAGACACAGAGGAAAUCAAUGCACUGUUGUACUCGGAUUCUGAUGAGGAUCAUGAUGAUGAAGAGGCCAGCACUGGACACUCUCCUGUUGGGGUGACAGGGAGGAGUUUAUCUGAGGUAGCUAGCUCUAUGCUUCCGGCAAAGAGGAGGAGAGUUAACGCGGAUGAAUUCGAUGCAUCACUUGUAGAUACUGCAAGCUCGCAAGUUCUCCACUGCCCUGAUGUUCCUACAGAUCACAGGAACAAAGGGGAUGGUAUACACUCUGAGUCAAGCUGUGUGAAAGGAGGGGAUCACAAUCAGAACGGAGAUGAUGUGCGCAUCAAAAGAGCAAGAAUUCAGGAAACAGUUAGCAUAUUGAGAAGGAUUAUUCCUGGUGGAAAUGGGAAGGAUACAGCCACUGUCCUUGACGUGGCUAUCAGCUAUCUCAAGUCGCUUAAGCUGAAGGCCAAAACUUUGAAUGCUUCUCCUUAGCAGCUACUCCAGCAACAUCUAUAUAUAAAUAUAAAUAUAAAUAUAUAUAUAUAUAUAUAUAUAUAUAUAUAUAUAUAUAUAUAUAUAUAUAUAUAUAUAUAUAUAUAUAAACCCCCUUCUUCUAAGUGUCAUGGUCACAAAACAAAGGAAGAGGCCAGUGGGUUCUCUCCACACAGCUCCAAUGAUUGAAGGUGUGAAUCGGUACUCUAAAGUCACAGCUUUGGUAGAGUUUUGGCCUUUAAUGGUGGGGGAAGGAGGAUAUGAUGGUCCAAUAAAGCAUGGCUAUUCCUUUGGUAUUUAUGAGUUUGUAUGACGAUUCCAAAUUGAUGCAAAGAGGGUCCAAGAGUAGCUUCUUUUGACUGAAAGGGAAUGAUGGGAAUUCUUAGGAGUGCGCGUGUGUGAUGAAUCUAUAAAGGAAGGCUUGCACACGCCUGUUAUGUUGAGUGGUGAUUGCCACUUUAUCUGUCGUUGUUGGUUUCUUUAGACAAUGGCAGUGCAAAGAAGAAAGGAAAUGUAACCUGGCUAUUAUGUAUAUAACUUUAAUGAUUUCCUGGAGUAUUGUGGAGGUUAAAUUGCUUUUGUUGACAUGGGUGAGCAGGUUACUUCAUUAUUCGGCUUGUAUGGGGCCAUGCUGAAAUAUUUUGGAAGGAAGGGCAUUUGGUUGCAUGAUGAAUGGAUGAGGUUGUGGUCCAUUGAUUGGUUUCUUUCUUCACAAGUGGGAGUCACUGUCGUCAGGAAGCUCUCCGUUCAGCUUUGUGUCGAUUGCUAUGCGGCAAGUUUCUGGGUGCUUGUUCACAUCGACUUUGCGAAACUGUAAUCUGUUCUACAACUCUCGUUGCUGCUGCUGCUGCUUUGCCUUUGCUUUCAGUCUUUUCCCUUGUUGAUAUCGAUGCCAUUGUUUGUGGUCAUCAUAUUUGGCUUCAAGGAUGUUAGUGUAGGCAUCAGUUUGUGCUGUUAGGUUGGCCUGCCAUGGAUGUAAUAAAUGCUGUGGCCUUUAAUUGUAUCGAACAUGUUAUUAUGAUAUAUUGGAAUUUUGCCUUGUGAUUUUUA